AUGGUCAAUCACAACUCCUCUUCUUCGCCGGUUCCGCCAUCUCGGAACAUCUACCAGCAGUCAUUUGCCCCCUGUGUUCUUCCACCUCUUGAAAGUAAAACUCGAUCCGGCGGCAGUCCCGUUCCGCCGCCGCCCCGUGAGAAGAAGGAGGUUCGCUUUGCGCCCUCGCCCAUUCUCGUCCUCUCCGACGACGAGGAGCUGACGGCUAAGCUGCAGCGGCGGCGGCUGGACGUCGAGGCGAGGAGUAAGAUCUGCACCAAUCAGCCGGACACCGAGAUCAGUGGUGCUCCAUCGCCACCACCACCACCACCACCACCACAGCAGCAAUCAACAAGUGCUUCAUUCUCUCAAUCGCCCACUCCCACUCCCGCCCCAGUGUACGGUGCCCCACCGCCGCCACCGAUCAUUGAGACGUACACACCGCAGAGCUAUCCGCCCGUCAAGUCGAGUGCCUUUGUUCCGCCAACGCCCCCACCGCAGCCACAGUCGACCACUUUUCAGCAACAACAGCAACAACAACAGCAAUCACCACCACCGCCAACACAGUCAUCAUCCUCAACUCCUUCAACAGCUCAGAAUGGCGGAGCACCAUCUUCCUCGCAUCAUCUUCGAAAUGAGCAUGAGAUGGCGUCACUGAUUGCCUCCGCCUCAUCCGCUGUACAAUUUGGCAGAGAGUUAGCGACAUCGGCGGCACAGUCAGCACAGUCGCCACCACCAUACAGCAACCAGCCGUACACUUCGCCGGCCUCGCCGACGGUGGUGCAGCAGCAGCUUCAGCAUCAGCAGUGUGAUGCCAACAACAACAGCAUUGAGCAGCCCAGUGAGCCACCACUGUACGAGAAUGGCAGCUCACAGCUUCCCUCGCCGCCGAUUCUGGCGCCCUACUCUCCAGGCGGCAAUUCCUCCUCCUCUUUAUCCACUUCAGUCUUUCGGCCGACUGCAGUGCUGCCGGUGCAAUCAGGCCAGCAGCAGACACCUACGCCUGAUGGCGGUGCUCAGUCGGAAAGAGUGUCAGUGGAGCAACAAGAGGAAUGCAAUAGCAGUUCUGCUGCUAACGUACAGCAGGAGGGGGAGGAGGAGGAGGCAAAGAUGCGCCAGAUGAUCAGCAGAAUAGAGAGCGAGCUCAGUGAGAUGCGUCUCAAGGAACAGCAACAGUCUCUCCUCAAUCCUCAGCCUCAAUCCUCUUCAGGCAUCGCAUCUGGAUUGAAUCACUCAGCAGGCAGUGCGCCAGAGCAGGAGAGAAUCCUUGAUGGUGCUGCUGCUGCUUGCACAAGGACGGCGAAUCAGUCGGCAGAUUGCAGAGACAGCAGUUGUACAGCAGUUGGGAGCGCCUUCAGACGAGUACAGGCGCCCAAGCCGCCGUCGCAGCCGCAAAGCAAUCACAAUCAGCAGCCAUCACUCUAUUCUCAAGAGUCCCCUCCAUUGGCCCCAAGUCAACCCAAAGAAGAAGAAGAAGUACCCCUUGAAGAGAUGCAGGCCUAUCAGCAGCGACCCGCCUCCUCCGCCUCCUACAACCACCAGCAGCAGUCGGCCAUUCUGGAGACGCUCUUCAAUGACAUGCAAGACUAUAACAGCGCCUUCAACCCGAGUCCGCGCCCCUUUUACCGCGGCCCUGACGGCCACCCCGGCGGGAUGAGCCACGAUGAGCCGCUGUACCGGGCCCAGGUGGUCUCGCUGCCCGCGCAGCAGCAGAGUCAGCCCUCACCGGCCUCGGUCGGAGCAGCGGGCAAGAAGAAGCGGGUGAUUCCGUUUGCCUUCAAGAACCAGCUGCCCCGCCCGGCGGACGACAUUGCGCCGGAGAUAGUGGAGGAGCGCAUCAAUCCGGUGCAGCAGCAGAUUGCCGAGCGCGAGCUGUACGCCCACCAGGCGCGCAACCGCGCCAUCAAGACCACCAAGAACUUCGUCAACCAGUGCGUCAACCAGGGCGGCGGCGCG